AGAUCCCGGAAGUGGUUGCUGUUGCUUUUGCAGGGCAACGCAGGGAGCGUCCCUGGAAGCGGAGCCGUUAGUGCAUGCGUUUAUAGCGGAGCCGCAGGCCUGCUUGUGUCCAGCCCCACCAUGUUGGCUCUUCCUGCUGCUCGAAUGGGAGAUCAGCUCAUCCUGGAGGAAGAUCAUGAUGAAAACUACAUCCCUCAAGAGCACGAAAUUCAGGAAUAUGCCCGAAUGAUAGGAAUUGAUCCAGAUGCUGAGCCUGAGCUGAUGUGGUUGGCUCGGGAAGGAAUUGUUGCACCUUUGCCAACAGAUUGGAAGCCAUGCCAAGAUGUUACCGGCGAUAUCUAUUAUUUUAACUUUGCUACUGGUCAGUCCACGUGGGACCAUCCUAUAGAUGAACAUUACAGAGAAUUGGUUGUACAAGAGCGUGCAAAGCUGCAGACCCAAGGUGGUGUCAAGAAGCGAGAGAAGAAAAAGAAGAAGGAAAAAAAGGUGAAGGACAAGAAGGUGAAGGAAGUUCCCAAACCUACUAUGUCUCUGGGAUCCCCUCUUGGACCAGUGCAGGGACCACUUGGCAGUUUGGCUCCUUUACGUGCAAUGGGUGAGUCUGCUGGAGGCAGUGGUGGAGUGCGGGGGUCUCUGAGCAGCAGCGCGGGAAGCUCUGGAGGAUUCGACGGUCUGCUGGGAGGAACGUCUGGAGUCACUGCUGCACAGCCACAAAAAACCGCCACGUAUAUCAAGAGCUCUGCAAUAAAGAAGCCAGAGGAGAGAGUAAGCCUCAGUUUGCCAGGUCUGGAAGAGGAAGAUGAGGAUGGGGAGCAGGAGAGUGAAGAUCAGAGUCCGAGAGGAUCUGCUCGUCUGCUCAAGAACUUGAAUAUGGAUAUCGGAUCUCUGGGAGUUGGCUUUGAAUAUGAGGAGAGUGAGCGGAGAGAUGAAUCCGUUGCAGCCACUGCGACAGACGAGGGCUCUGAGCCAGAGUUACAGAACCUUGAAAAAUCUGACGAUGAAGAGGAGAACGAAAAAGAGAAGGAAUUAAAGGGGAGUCCUGGCAUGCAUCCUUCUUCCCAUUCCACGGGUCAGUUAUCACCAGACGUCCAAGACACCAGUUUGGAUAAAGCACAGAAUGAACAGCCUGGAGAGUCAGAUAUACAGGUGGUGCACAGUAUGUCUCCAGCUGAAAAGUCUCCUGUAGCCAAAUCCUUUAAGAGUCAUGCUAAGGAAGAAAACUCUGCUGCCUCCUUAGCCGGAGAGCUGGGUUCCAGCAUCGGGGAUCAUAUCCUGGAUCACGACGCCCAGGAUAAGGAAUUAAAGGGGAGUCCGAUUAUGUGUCCCUCUUCUCAUUCCACGGGUCAGUUAUCACCAGAAGUCCAAGAGACCAGUUUGGCCAAAGCACAGAAUGAGCAGCCUGGAGAGUCAGCUAUACAGGUGGUGCACAGUAUGUCUCCCGUACCCAAAUCCUUUAAGAUCGAUGCUAAGGACGAAAACUCUGCUGCCUCCUUAGCUGGAGAGCUGGGUAUCCUGGAUCAUGAUGCCCGAGAUGAAUCUGAACCCAGCGAAGGGGUCAAGGAUCUUCCCAAGUCAAGGCAAAAUGGUCUGGAAACUAUGGACUUUGGACUUGGUGGUCGAUCACUGGAGAAAGUUCUUGACAUCAGUGCACUGUCUCCUGGACCUUUAAGCCCAAAAGAGACGAAAGAAGAAGAAGAAGUGGAUGAGGAUGUUGAAGAAGACAUAAGUGAAGAAGAUCACCUUGAGCCUGUUAAAGAUCUAAUGGAGAUUGCCAAAAAAAAUGUUCCAGAAACCAAGCCUACAAGCUCUACCCCCGAUCCAGCAAUUGCUAAGGAUCAGUCCAGAUUGUUAUCAGAAUCACAUAAGUAUGGCUACCAGUCCUUUCAAAGUGCAGCCAAAGAGUCCAGACUGCAAGCAGAACCUUUGAAACCCACUGCAGAACCAGUGAAAGUUGUGGUAGAGACGUCUAAAGGUUCCCGUGGUACUUCUGAAUUAGUUGUGGAGCAGGAGAAGAUGGCAGUAGAGGAAGAACACAGGCAAAAGCUGCAGGAACUGAGAGACGGGCUGAGAAAAGAGGAAGAGGAGGAGAGACGUAGACUAUAUCAGCAACAGGAGAGCAACCUCAGGGCGUUAGAAGACAGGUUAGAAGAAGAGACAAGGAAGGAAGAGGAAAAACUGCGGGAGAUCCAGAAAAAGAAAUUGUUGAAGUUGGAAAGUGAGCUCAACCUGGAGAGGGAGGAAGAAGAAGAGCACAUGAAGAUCCGGGAAGAGGAGCUCCGAGAAGAGCGUGAGCGGACAUUACAGCAAAUGGAAGAGUCUCAGGAGGAGACGCUGCUGCAGCAUAAAAAUCAUCUCCUUGAAAAAAUCAAAAAAGAGACCGAAAAUGUACUUGAACAAGAAAGGAAGAUGCUGCUCCGUGAAAGAGAAGCUGCGCUGGAAGAGCUGAGGGAGAAGCUUGGACAAGAGACCACGCAGGUUCUUAAGUCUUUGGAGAAAAAGCAUUUGGAGGAUCUGGAGCAGCUAAGAGCAGAAGCUCUGGAGAAACAUCACAAGGAAAUAUCUGACCUGCAGAAAAUGAAGCAGAAGGAGGAUUCUGCAUCACCGGGUGAAUUGCACCUUGCUAACAAGAAAAUGACCCAAAUGUUGGACUUCGAAACACAGAUGAUGGACCUUUUACAAGAAAAACGUGAUGCUCUGCAGAGAGACCAUGAAAGAAAGGUGGAGCGUAUGAAGGAGGAACAUGAACAGGCACUGGAGAAGAUGCAGAAUCAGCUGCAGGAGGAGGAGCAGAACCAGAGGUCACAAAUGCUGGAAAAAUUAAAAAAGGAGCUGGGGAGGAUAACGCGGCGGCAUGAAGAGGAGCUGGAAAUCCAGCGGCAGGAACAGGAGCGGCGUCUAGAAGAACGGCAGCGCAGUUACCAGGAGCAGGAGAACAAGUUACAGGAUUUAGAACAAAACCUAGAAAUCCGAAGAAAACAGCUAAUAAUGAAGACGAGUCAGCUGGACAGCCAGGAAGAUGCUUUGGCACAGAAGAGAGAGCAACUGGAAGUUCGAGAAAAGGAGCUGGAGAGAAAAGCAGAGAGCGUCAAGGCUCAAGAAACUGCAGUGAAGGAGCAAAGACAGCUUAGUGAACUAAUACAACUAAAACACAGGGAACUCGAGGAGGCACAAGACCAGAAGUCCGAGUUGGAGGCCCAAAUAGAACUUCUCAAGAGCCGUCAUAGGCGACUCCAGAAUAUGGCGAACGACUUGGAGGAAGAAGUAAAUAAGAAACAAGAGGACCUAAAGGGGUUAAAGAAAGAGGGAACAGUUAACCCAGCGGAGACAGAACUUUGCCUAGAAGAUCUGGCAAAGUCAAGCAACCUCAUCCAUAGCAUCACCUCUUCUUACCGUACAGAACUUCCUAAAGCAUCGUCAACCCCGGUACACAUCCCUGGACUGGACUCCAGCAUUGAUGAUAUGCGUUCUUACAUAUCAUCACAAGGAUCUUCCAUUCAAAGGGCCAAAGAUUUUUUACGCCUUCAGACCCGUUCUAUGUGCCGACGGCAGACUUUGCUGAAAGCAGCCAAACAAGAGUGGCGUCACAACAUGCAGGAGUCUCAGGAAGCACAGGAGUCCCAAAAACUAGAAGGAAUACGGAAGAAUCUAGAGGAGGAAUCUCGCAACCUGAAAGACAUUCGCAGCACAAUGGAGAAGGGACAUGUCUUGCUGCAGGAGAAGGAGCAACGUCUGCAGGAGCUGGAGGAUUCGCUCCUUGAGGAGGUGUCAGAAGAUGAUACUCUGAAAGGCAGAAGGAUCAAAAAAAUAGUGACGUUUAAUUUGAGCGACUCAGAUGACACCAGUAGCGGGAGCAGUAUGGACGCACACAGAGCAGGCGACGUUCCGGGGUCCCAGAUCAGCCUCCCACUGAAAGUCCAGCAUCUCUCCCAGUCCCUGCGUCACGUCACGGCUGAGCUGAACAGUGUUUUAUCAUCCCUGUCCUAUGACCCGCAGUCCAUACUCUAUGCACACAGCCAGCCUCCAUCCAUGGCCGGCAUCCCUGUUUCUGCGUACGCAUCAUUGUCCAGAAUCGGUCCUCAGAUUGGCAGCCAUUCGCUAUCCCAGUGGGCUUGGAGAACUGGUGCCCACUCAAAUGCUGCUUCAGCCUCUGCUGCCCAGACAGUGGAUGCCAUUGUGGCAGAGAAAUGGAGAAAGUAUUUCCCAGGAGGGACGCCGCUACUUGUUGAGCAACCGCUACACACAGAUAAUAAAUUAGGAUAUGUUACUGCUGAGGAACAGCUCAGGAACAUGCAGAGCACAACGUUACGAGCCCAGCACGCAGAUAAGCAGACCUUGCAGGCCAUGAUCGACACCAACAAGAAAUGGCUGGAGAAUUACAAGAACGACCCCAAGGUUCUUCUCCCGUCACGUAUGAACCGGUCUCCAACGGGAAAAGGACUUUUGCAGCUGGGCCUGGACGAAAAUGACAAAAUCAAAGUCUAUCAUUACUAGCAGUCGAGCAGCGGAGUGCGCCUCGGCAGACGGAUGGGACGGACUCUGCAUUACAGAUAAAUUGGUCUGAUAUCUCAUUCACUGUACGUAAUUCUGUAAUGUACAGACUUAGGAAAAUUCUAACGUUUCAGAACUGGGAACUUUUUCGUAACACUGCAGGUCUCAGAUAUUAAAGCGAAACUCUGCCUUCUUGUAUCGGGGAAUUGCUAUCCAUGCGUAACAUAUUUAAGAAAAAAAAGGUCUCAAAGAUGGAGUUUUAUGAAAUGUCCAAAGGAUUCUGCAUACCAAAAAGGACACUAAGCCUGAAGUCUGUCCUAAGUAUUGUCGCAGUGCAGAUGAAUGCAGCAUUGCCAACUAGCGGUUACUUCAGGCUGGAGAGAAGACGCAUAUUAUAAUGGGAUUGCGCUAGACAAGGAGUUUUCGAAAAAUGCCUGCUGCAUGGUCACUUCUGUAUCUCUUACAUCUCCAGUUCUGAGAACUUCAGAAAAAUUGACAUAUAUAUGAAUGAUAUCAAUAGCAUUUUCCAUAUGCUGCCCUUUUAUAUGUUGCAGACAUUAGGGUUAGUGUGCCUUUAAAUAAGGUUAGGGAAUUGCAUAAAUAGCAACUGCCUACAUUUAUGUUACUAUGGGAGACACCUCCUUUAACCUCUGGAGAGUCCUUUGAGGGGAUGGCCUCUCCUUUUAUGCUGAUGACCUAUCCACGGAAUACGCCAUCGAUAUCUGGAUGGUCCAGCACACUGCAGCCCUGCCGACCAUCUGUUUGGCAGUAGCACUGGCACCAGGAGUACACCGCUCCAUCCAUUGCACAGUGGAUGGAAAUGUGUAGUUCCGGUGCUAGAGCUGUUCCCAAGCAGAUUAUUGACGGGGGCGGGGUGUCGGACUCCCACCAAUCAGAUAUUGAUGUCCUGUCCUGAGCAUAGGCCAUUAAAUGAAAGGGUUAGAACAACCCUCUAAUACAACCCUCAUAGGUGGUAAUUCCAGUAUAUUCUGAAAGACAGCUGUAAAGUGAGUUUCCACCUUCUUGGGUUCAAAAUUCUUUGCAGGGGUAAAACGCUGUAUUUUGUCUGUUUAUGUAGGAUAAAGAAGCUCCAAAUCCCCUAAAUAGACAUACAAACCUAACAUUCUGACUACCGGCAGUCACCACUAGAGGGAGCACAUACAGGUGCAGAUUUACGAGUCCUGUCUAAUAUUUAGACAGCAUAAGCGUAGAUCAGACAGUCUAAAGAUGCACCAAAUUUAUCGCAGUGCCUCUUUCUGUAUGGUAAAUGUAUGCAUCUUGCUAGACACUUUUGUCUAACUACUGGUUGGCUUACACUGGCCAAGGAUUGGGCCGGUCAUCGGGAACGAAUGUUUGUAUCCAGGCUGCUCCCCAAUAAUUGGCUUUUAUGAAAGUAACAUAACGCCCAUGUGGACAGAACAAAAAAAUGUUCAGGGGUCACUUUAAGGGUGAAGUUUUACAGAUCUUAAAGAUUAUGUGCACUAAAUAUCCAUAGUGGUAAUAGGAUGGUCCGAAUCCAUAGCCCCGUGGUUACAUUGACAAGUAUGUCCUAUUCCUAAGCUUCUUCUGCAGGGAGAAUCAUUUCUAUAAAUUGUGUAGAUAUUUUUUAUACUGGAUCAGAGAUCACUAUUCGCUUGUGCACUUUGUACAGAGACGCGCUAUGGGCAGUGUCAUACACGCAUUGCCCAUUACAUCGUGUCACCUGUAGGACACCUAUAGAGUAUAUUCUAGUGCCUGUUGAUUUUACACUUUGCCUUAUUGUGUAUCUGAGUUUACAAAAUGUUAGAAGCUUCCUAUGGAAUAAAAGGAAACGGUGCUGACAGUUUGGACCCCCAACCAUUCAGAUCCUGAUUGUGAAGACCCAGCGGUGCACACGUGGGUGUUCUGGAGACCUGGGAGUGGAAGCAUUCAUUGUGGACUUACACAACUACUUUUCAUCAUGUUCCAAAUCUUACAAACGAACAACGCAAUUUGCACAAAAAGGGAUUUUUCCAGGUUUUUAAAGUGAUGGCAUCUCAGGACUAUUGUAAGGAUAGGACGUCUUUCAAGUAGGCAAUAUCUGAAGGAGGACGUCGGCUCUCCGGACAUGACUGUUUUAGUAAAUAUCCUCCAUGUAAUAUAGCAUUUCAUAGGUCUUAAAGGGCAUCUGUCAGCAGAUUUGUACCUAUUAUACUGGUUGACCUGUUGCCUUCAGCUGCCAAGCGCACAUGUAUCUGUGUUGGUCCAAUGUUCAUAUGUGCCCGCAUUCCUGAGAAAUACGAUGUUUUGAUAUAUGAAAAUGAGCCUCUAGGAGCAAUGGGGGUGUUACCGUUACACCUAGAGACUAUGCUCUCUCUGCAAUGGCUGCGCCCUCUCCACUUUA